AUGGAUCGCAUCGACGACAUCUCAGAACAGCUCCAUAACACAUGGCGUAUUCAAUAUGCGAGGCAACUUAUCGAAAACUCCCAAGCCGCCUGGCACAAAGGUCAUGGAUAUCCUCCUAGUGCUAUGAAAGCGGCUGCCCCAGCCGAGAAGGUAAGACGCCCAAUCAAGAUUGGUAUCCUUGGAGCCGGUGCUGCUGGAAUGUACGCUGCAAUGAUCAUCGAUUCCCUCAAAAGCCCCGACUUUACCUACGAAAUUUUGGAAGCGAACCCAGAACGUGUCGGAGGGCGUCUUUACACGCAUCACUUCUCAGAUGGUCCAAAUGAUUAUUUCGACGUUGGCGCCAUGCGAUAUCCCUACAUACCCUUCAUGUAUCACACGUUCUACCUUUUAGAACAUGACCUCGGCAUGACGGAGGCCGAGGACCCAAUGAACCCGCGCGAAGGGGAACUCAUCAAAUAUUUCAUGUCCAUCGACAAGAAUCUCAAUCGGUACAACGGCAAAACGCUCACAAACGAGCAAGUCAAGAACGGAGGUCCCGAUCCCUUUGACACAGGCCUUCUUGACGAGACUGUUGAGCAGUUGCUCAAUAACAAGUUUAGCGGCAUGAAGGAGCAACUCGCCAACAACUUUCAAGACGAAUGGAACAAACUUGUCGGACUAUACGACGCGCUUAGUAUGCGCACAUUCUUGGCCACUUCCAGCCCCGCUUAUUCUCAAAAGCUGAUUACAACCAUCGAGACCUUUGAUUCUGGAACAACGUUCUAUGACUCUGCUAUGCUCGAGAUGUUGAUGGAGUCAAUGGAUUUCGAAUGGCCAGUCCCGCCAGGCGAGGAGGUCAAGUGGUAUUGUGUACAAGGUGGCUCUGGUGUCAUUGCAGAGAGGAUGAAAGCCAAAGUGAAGAAUAUCGAAAUGGGCAAAGAAGUAACGAAAAUCUCCGCCAACCUGGUCUCUGGCCACCACGAGUGGGAGAGUGUCGACGUCGAGGUCAACCACGAUCCGACCUCCAAGAGGAGAUAUGACCACGUAAUCUCGACAAUGCCGUUCGGGUGCUUCCGCAAUAUUGACACCUCGGAAUGCCACUUGACAUGGGACCUCGAAGUCGCUAUUCGUUGUCUAAAGUACUCCAACUCUACCAAAGUCGGUAUGAAGUUUAAAUCACGCUGGUGGGAGAAACACGGUCAGCGCGGUGGUGUUUCAAAGACUGAUGGACCCACUCGUUGCAUCGUCUAUCCCUCGUACGGGAUUGACGGGGAAGAUGCAACGAUGAUUGUCAGCUACACAUGGGCGCAGGACGCAACACGCCUUGGUUCUCUGUGUCGCGGCAAAGGCACCCCAGCUGAGGAGACCCUUGUCGAUAUACUCCUCGAUGAUCUCGCAGUGAUUCACGGGAUAAAAAUAGAGGACCUACGGGCAGAGUUUGUCGAUUAUUUCCCUUGGAACUGGGACGACAAUCCGUACUCGGCAGGUGCAUUUGCUCUCUUUGGGCCGGGACAAUUCUCUACGCUCUACCCCGAGGUCACACAACCGAUGGGCGGCAGGCUGCAUUUUGCCGGAGAGGCGACAAGUGUUCACCAUGCUUGGGUCGUUGGUGCGCUUAACAGCGCGCUGCGUACUAUCAUUGAAAUCCUGUUGGUCGAAGAUCGAUGGGAGGAGUUUAAGCCACUCCUCAAAGAACGAAUCAAGUAUGAUGACGAGAUUGACAUCAGGAAUAUCGACAUUCUCGAAGAACAGAUCAGAAUUGGCCGCCAAAAGGGCAAAAUUACGCAGAAACGCAUCGAUAUGCUCAAUGUGACAUCUUGA